CAAAGAAGAGCAGACGAUGCGGGGCGGAUUUAUGGCACCUCUCGUUUUCUAGGAAUUGUGGGACAAUUAUUAUUUAUUCAAUCCGUAUUAUAGAUAUGGCAGAAGUAAACAGGACUAAGGAUGCAGUGACAGGUAGUCCAUCUUAUCCAGAAGGUAAAGUAGUGUGCCCGAGACCUGCAGAGGAAGGGAGCAGCCCAGACGUAACAGUAAUUCCCACUCCAGAACCUUUACAAAUCAAAGUGAAUUCCGAACACCAUGUGUAUUUGAUAGUAAAUGAGAAGGAAAUUAAUGGAACGGAGAAUACUUUAACGAUUGACUCUGAGAGUGUCAGUGAUGAAGAAGGGGAAAAAGAGAAUGAGAAUGGAGACAAUCCAGCCAGUUCUGAAAAGGCUUACUCUACAAAGACUUUCGAUGAUGAUCUUACAAAUAAAGUAAAGCUUAUCAUUAAUAUAGAGGGAUUUAAAGAAGCUGGAGGCCUUUUGUAUAUUGGGUGCAAGAAUGAGGUUGAAAAGACUAAUCCAUCAAAAAUAUCAGAAUGGUUUACAGCCGAUUUCCUGAACCACCAUAGAAUCUAUGCAAUUAAAGAAGAGGAACCAUUUUUAUUAAGAGUUUUUACUAGAAAUCAUGAAUCUACUAAUCGUGGUAUCAGGAAGAAAGGAGGACGUAAGGUUAUGCUAAUGGGGAAGGAGGUUUUUGGAGAUGUAUUAUUUGCCUGUGGCCACUGUGGCUAUAGGUCUCAUGAAGGGAGUAAUGUCAGAAGGCAUUUAAAGAAGUCAGUAUGUCUCAAGGAAAAAGGAUACUCGGAGGAAGAUUUAGUUGGGUUAGAUAGAACAGAGCGGAGAAAAUUCCUAAGACGAGUGGCAGCUGCUAAGUUUAGAGCGAAGAAAAGAGCAAAAGCUAGCAAAGAGGAUGGUACUUCAGCAGUCAAUGGAACAGAAGUAACAGAACAACAGAAAACUAUGCCUAGUAAUUUUGGAUCAUAUUCGCUGCCGAUGGGCAUGAGCAAUAACUCCUAUGUUGAGAACCUUGUUGAAAUUCAAGAAAGAUGUGGAUCUGAAGGAACAAACAGAAGUGGCACAGGACUGACUCCACAAGUGCCUAACACAAUUGUAGUUAAUAGUUUGCCACCACCAAAAGCGAAGAGAAAAGCACCCAAGUAUAAAGCCCUUACCCUUGGCCCAGCUAUAGAAAGGGAGGUAGUCCGGCGUGUCUCCUAUGACAUUUUCACAGUGAAUGAAAACAAUGAGAGAAUAGCAUGGAAACCUCCAACAUGCCAUAAGGCAUCGCCUGGCGACAGGACCUGCCAAAUUGUAUUCAAAGGAGCAAGAAUGAAGAGGAGAUGCAUGGAUUUGCCUGUGCCAAUGGUGUUGAUAUACCGCAAGCUAGACUGCAAGACACAUCACUGCUGCUUCACUCUCUUUCACCCGAGUGCCCGCAUUGCCUUUAAAAAUGAUUCUGCAUCAAAGGCUUCUGUCAAUAUCAAGAUGUAUGGAGACAUUGUAAUGACUCAGGAGUUCUACCACUAUUUCGUCUCCUUGCUGUCCAUAAUGAAGAUGAAGUCGUCCCAGACAGCCAGGCAUCUGACGAGCGUCUGGGAAACCAUCAUUGCUGACCGCCUGGGAUCGCCCGCCAUUCCCGAGGAGCACCGCAAGAUCAUCACGCUCUCCAAACAGACGGUGAAGUCGAUCUGGGCGAGCAUCGAGGAGGAGGCGGGCAGCCGCGGCGGCCUCAAGCUGCUGAAGGGGCCGCGUCGGAAGAAGAAGCCCCCGGCUCCGGCUGCCCCCUCUGCCCCCCCUCCCCCCGCCAUGCCCCCGCUGAACGGCCCCAGCGCAGCGCCGGUCGCCGUGUGCUCGGCCGCCGCGGCGCCCAUGGCCCCCCCGCCCGCCAUGCAGCACCACUGCAUGAAGCGCCUCAACACCAUCCAGCCCAAGCCCCCGCCGCCCAAACCGCCCAUGAUGGCCGCCCCGCCGCCCACUCACAACCACAUGCAGCAGCCGCCGCACGCCCCCGUGCCGCACACCCACUGGCUGGGACAGGCGCCGCAGUACCCCCACAACAUGACCCCCUACCCCAUGGCUCCCCCCCCGACGGCCGAAUACUACCCCAUGCCAGGGCACUUCAUGGCGCAGUACACGCCCGCGACCAUGGGCACCUCGCCUUAGGAGACUCUGGAAAGCGUUUCUUUUUUUCUUGUUAUUUUUUUAUCACUGAAAAAAUAUAGCAGUGGGAAUAUUUAUAAAGACUGCGAGACUUGAGGCAUUUCAUAACAUUCCAUGUACAGUCAUGUUGCAUUGAUCAUUAUAGAUUUUUUACACUGAAUUAAUAAUACACAUCGUGCCGAUAUCCGUUCCGUGGCGUUUAUUUCGUAACUCUCAGUUGUUACGGAAAUGUUUGUACUACUUACAUUUACAAAAAAGAUAAGUUCAACGAAUGAAAUGAAGGUACACCACAUUUGUGUUCGUUUUACAUUAUUUUUUCACAUAACGAGUAACAUAAUGCAACAAUUUAUUGAUUUGAAUUGGCGAAAAUAAAAGUAUAUGAUAUUAAAAUUGA